UCAAUAAAUUCCGAGAGAAAGAGAAAGAGAAAGAGAAGGCCUAGGGUUAGAAAGCAGCGGCAAGAGAGAGAGAGAGAAGAUGAAGUUCAACCCGCGAGUGUCGAGCAGCCGCCGCAAGAGCCGCAAGGCUCACUUCACGGCGCCGUCGAGCGUGCGGCGCGUGCUGAUGAGCGCGCCCCUCUCGGCGGAGCUCCGUUCGAAGUACAACGUGCGGUCGAUCCCGGUGCGGAAGGAGGACGAGGUGCAGGUGGUGCGCGGGACCUACAAGGGCCGCGAGGGAAAGGUGACGCAGGUGUACCGGCGCAAGUGGGUGAUCCACAUCGAGCGCAUCACCCGCGAGAAGGUUAACGGGUCCACCGUCAACGUGGGAAUCCACCCCUCCAAAGUGGUGGUGACGAAGCUCAAGCUCGACAAGGAUCGCAAGGCUCUUCUCGAUCGCAAGGCCAAGGGACGCGCCGCCGCCGACAAGGAGAAGGGCACCAAGUUCGCCCCCGAAGACAUCAUGCAAACCGUCGAUUAGUCUCUUUCUCAUACUAAACUAUUUUAUGUACCCUUUCAACUAUUCAUUCCCCUUUUUGCACUUCUCUUAUGUUAAUCAAACCUUUUUGUUUUUUAUGCGCCUAUCAGUCUUCCAUUCUCGUGUUUUCAACUUUAAUAUGCGUCUGCUCAAUGAGGCCUAGUUUAGUUUAAAGGAUAUAUAUCUCGUGACUGCGGAUUGUCUUGUAUUCUUCGUUAGAGUAGGCAACCAUUAUUGAUGAACGUCUCUGUUCUGUACCUAAUGAUGAAUACUUUUCAUUUAUCUC